CCUGAGUGACUCGAUUCGGCGGCCAUUGUUGUGAGGUAAUAAACUUCCCUCGGUCCCGUGGAGCAUCAAGAAGACGUCCACUUAAUUGCGCCGUCGGGCCUGCAUUUAGGAGGAACUACAGGUUGUGAGGAAUAACAUAAAUUGCCACAUUUCCAAAUUCAUCGUGACAUUUAGCCAUGCCGUUAUUGUAUCGAGGUUGUUGACCAUUACAAGAGAAAGCGCAAAAUCAGUAACUGAUACGCUUGCGUGGUCGCCAUCUUGAGGCGGUAACCGUCUUCUGCUUAGGGUGCCUGCUUGGAACUUAAAGUUGGUAAAUAAAAUAAAAAAACAAAUGCCACAAACAUGUGCAGCAUUUGGGUGCUCCAACCGGAGGAAUGACACAAGUAAAUGUCGUGGUAUAACCUUUCACAAGUUUCCCAAGGAUCCAGUGAGAAGAAAGGACUGGACUAUUGCCAUGAGGCGCAAGGACUUCCAACCUAACAACACAACAGUACUCUGCAGUAGUCACUUCACUACAGAUGAUUUUGACCGAACUGGACAAACUAUUCGUUUGAAGGAUUGUGUCAGUCCUUCGGUCUUUACAUCCACCCCAGAACAUCUGAAAAAAGUGCCUCAUAAAGCCAGACUGACCAGGACCUCCAUGAAAGCUGCCGAAGAGCGCGUUGUUUCGGUAGUAGUUCCUGGAGUGACACGCACCACCCCAUCAACCGCUGUAAAGAGUAUCCCGGAUCAUCACUAUGCACUUGACCAGAUACAAGUAAAAUCCAAAGUCAUCAAGGCUCAAAAGAGGAUAGAUGAACUGGAAAAGCAGCUUAGAAAUGCAAAGGAUCGCGAGAGAAGGUUGAAACUUACCGUGAAGUCACUGAUUUCAAACCAGACCGAGUAGAGGGCCCCUAUGACUCCAUCCAUCGGAUUGAAUGGCAUCUAGGUCUUCCUGUUGUCUGGUGAGGGACUAUCAGUCCUUGCGUUUCUUCAUCAAACGGCAGGCUAACGAUGUUACAUCCCAAACAUGUGACGACACACAUCCGGGGGACCCUCACCCGUCCUGAUGUAAUCUCAUGAGCCAUCGAGACGCCCCCUCAACACGAAGACGUCUAACGGAGCGAUGGCCACUGCUCCCUCCCUUCGGAGUGGGGGGUAUGACUGGCUUUAACGUCUAGAAGGUGAAUUAAGAUGCAGUCAAUGAGUGCCUGAAUAGAUGGGGGGGGGGGGGGGGGGGGGUUCUGCAUCAGCAGCCUAUCGGUGCAGUUUAUCCAUUGGUUGGUAAGUGGGAUGGUUCAGUCUGACAAACAUUCGAAGGAUAUUCGAACUUGGACAAUAUAGAGGAAUCAUUGCUUCAUGAGACGGUCAUUUUCAUUACCAAGAGGAAUUUUUGGAAUUGGUCUUGUCUGGAAUGGAAGGUCCAAUACAGUAGAUUCUGUGUCCAAACCAUGUUUCCUUUGGGACAUUAAAGUUUUUCUUAAUUGUC